UCUGCCGCUGCUUGUUUUACAGAUUUGGUGAAUCUCACCAUGUCGAGUAAACUGACUGUAUGUGGAGUAUGUGAAUACCGUAAGAUCAACAAAUCACCGGUGGUCUGGUGUUUUGAAUGCGAAGAAGGACUUUGUCAGGAGUGUAGAGAGCAUCAUGCAGCUUCAAAGGGGUCAAGAGACCACAGUAUUGUUCCAAUCUCCGAGUACCAGAAACUACCUACCAAUAUAUUGGAAAUUACUCAAACUUGUCCAAAACACAAUGAAAAAUACCAAAUAUUUUGUAAGAAACACGAUUUUCCAUGCUGUAGACGAUGUGUUGUUGAAACGCAUGAUGAUUGCAAAGAGCUAAACGUUAUUGAUGACGUCAUAAAAAAUGUUAAAUCAUCAAAUGCAUUCUUGGAAAUGGAACAUACAUUAUCGGAACUUUCAGAAAAUUUACAGAGAUUUAGAAAAGAUCGGCAAAGCAACAUUACAAGUCUAAAGGAGAACAAGACCAAAAUAGAAAAAGAGAUUCAACAGACACGAGUAUUGAUUAACAAUCAUCUGGAUAAGCUACAGGAAAGUCUGAUGAAAGAAUUGUAUGCCGCUGAAGAAAAAGAAAACAAGAAAAUAAGCUGUUUAAUAUCAUCCAUACAAGAGAAGGAAAGGGAUAUUACAGAAUACCAGACCAAUUUAGGUAAAAUAAAACAACAUGCCUCAGACCUGCAGACGUUCUUGGCUAUGAAACACAUCCAACAAGAUGUAACGUACAACCAAAAAUUCCUAGAAUCUUUAUUGAAAGAAGAUAAAUUGAAUCAUGUUAUCAUUUCUUUUGAAAACGAAAACACCUUGAAAUCUCUACCUACCAUUCUAAACAAGAUGGGAACCAUUAUCUUAGAUACCAGGUCAAGUGAUAUAACACUAACAAGACAUAAGAACAAACAAGCACAAAUAAUAGUACCCAUUACAUAUGUUCUUACCAUUGAUGAUCUAAAACUUACUUUAAGACAGACCGUGAAAACAAUUGGUAAGGAUAUAACUGGUUGUUCCUUACUACCUGAUGGAAGAAUGAUUUUUUCUUGCUACACAAGUAACAAAAUCUACGUUAUCAAAAACGACGGGUCGUUAGAUUUUACAUUACAGCCAGGAGAGCGUACAUCUCAUAUAAACUAUAUAGAGGACAGCCAAAAACUUGUCGUUACAUCUGGCAUGGACAGUUCAAUCACAAUAAUCGAUAUGAAAAACAGAAAAACUGAAAAAUCGAUUAAAGUCGGGUCAUGGAUUUAUGGAAUAGUUCACAAGGAUGGAAAAUUGUUCUAUAAUGGAUUUGAGGGUGGAUUAUGUGUUGUAAGUUUAGAUGACGACUCAGUGACACAGCUAGUUAAUGUUAACUUACCUUCGAAUAGAAGCAUUGCAAUAUGGUCAGAUCAUCUUUAUUAUAUAACUAAUGAUUCUUUAACAUGUUGUGAUCUUCAAGGCAAAUUCAAAUGGAAGACCGACCCUGCAGCAUUUCUUAAUAGUGUACUUGGUAUUACGGUAGACAAUCACGGACGUGUUUACGUAUCAGGCCGUCAUUCUAACAAUGUCGUUGUAAUUUCACCAGACGGAAACAAACAUAGAGUUUUGCUGUCAGAGAUAGAUAGUCUUAAACAGCCAAAAGCUGUGUUCUUUGAUCGCAAAAAUAACAAGUUACUUAUUUCGAACCAAGAAAAUGAGGCAUUUCUCUAUGAUGUUUCAAAUUAAUGAAUUGGUACAAUACCCUUAAAUUGCAAGUUGUGUCAUGGUUUUAUGUGUUUGCAUAUUAAAGUACCUGUUCCAUAAACAAUAAAGAUAUUCAAGGGGUGA